CGUAUACUGGCUGUCGGAAGUUGAUUUUCAACAUCAAUAGAAAGAUGGUUGGAUAUGAUUUUGACAAUCUUUCUCUUUAUUGCGGUAGAAAAACAUGAGCUUUACUCUAGUAGUAUCUUUUCAGCUGUCUAUCAAAAAUUAAUGUCUUUUGGAAUAUGGACUGUGAAAACAACAACAACCCAGCUUUGAAUUUUCAUUAUUCAUCACUCCCAUUAAUGCAAAUCCUUCCCCAUCAUUUGAUCUUCAUUCAUCUGAAGAUAAAACCCCAUUUUUGUUGGUACUAUAAUCAGUGAAGCACCAAAUUUGGAAGGAAAUGGAGAGUUCUUUUCACACUGUUCUUAUUGUUUUCUGGGUUUUGUUUUCUCUGUUUGGAUUAAGCAGUGAGCUUUGUCAACGAACAGCCGCCAAAGAAGUGGAGGCUCUUCGUGAGAUUGCCAAGGAAUUGGGGAAAAAGGAUUGGAAUUUCAAUGAAGAUCCUUGCAGUAAUCACACAAGUUGGUUUUCUAGAGGGGACCCAGCUAGACAGACUUAUGUUAACCAAGUGACCUGCAAUUGUGUUAGCAGCCGAUGGCACUUGACAAAUAUAUCCCUCAAGGGUCAAGAUCUUUCUGGUAGUCUUCCGAAAUCACUGGUGAAGUUACCCUACCUCAAGACAAUUGAUUUGUCGAGGAACCUUCUUAGUGGUAUGCUACCAGACGAAUGGGCUACAAUGAAAUUGGAAUUUGUGUCUCUUAUGGCGAACCAAUUGUCUGGUCAAAUUCCAAAAUUCAUGGGGAACAUUACAACACUCUUAUAUUUAAGCAUUGAGAGCAAUUCAUUUUCUGGAACUAUUCCUGCAGAGCUUGGGAAGCUGGUCAACCUAAAACAUUUAUUUCUUAAUGACAACAAUCUUCGUGGACAUUUACCAAUUGAGUUAACUAAGCUGGCAAGUUUAACCGAACUUAGGGUAAGCAGUAAUAAUUUCAGCGGACAGAUACCCAAUUACUUUCAUCAUUGGAAACAACUUGAAAAACUACAGAUUCAAGGUAGUGGCUUUGAUGGACCAAUACCAUCCAGUAUUUCACUUCUGACCAACUUGAUUGAACUAAGGAUCAGUGAUCUGAAUGGAGAAGGUUCUGAGUUUCCAUCUUUGGAGAAUCUGACAGGCUUGUCGCGAUUGAUGUUGAAGAGCUGCAAGCUUUAUGGGACUAUUCCUAGCUACAUACAAGCCAUGUCAAGAUUGAAACUUUUGGAUCUCAGCUUCAACAAGUUGAAUGGAUCUAUUCCAAAUGAGCUUCAAUUUUUAAAUAAAUUGCAAAAUGUGUAUUUAUCGAGCAAUAUGCUAAGUGGACCUAUUCCCAGCUGGAUCACAAACAAAGAGGACAGCAGCCACAUAGAUCUUUCGUACAACCAUUUUGAUGAAAGUUCUGCUCCCUCUUCUUGCAAUAAAGAGACAUUAAACUUAUACAGAAGCUUCUCAAGGGGAGAGAACCUAGAAUCAAGUGUGUGCUUGAAGAACUUCAAGUGUAAAGCUCGGUAUUCAUUGCAUAUCAACUGUGGUGGGGCUGAGACCACCGUCGCAAAGACUACCUAUCAGAAAGAUGAUGAACGUGGGGGCGCUGCUAAGUUCAUUCCCAGAAGGGCAGAAUGGGGAUUUAGUAGCAGUGGGGAGUUCUGGUUUUCACAAUUACCUAGUGAUUACAUAGCAAAAGGCAACUCAGCGAUAAGAUUGAAGGACUCAAAUCUAUACAUGAGAGCACGAUUGUCAGCUACAUCUCUAACAUAUUAUGCGAGUUGCUUGGGAAAAGGGAACUACACAGUGACACUCCAUUUCUGCGAGAUAGUUUUUGCUAACAAUUCUUAUUCAAGUCUUGGAAGACGGAUAUUUGACAUAUAUAUCCAGGACAAGCUUGUUCGCAAGAAUUUUAAUAUUGUAAAGGAAGCAAAUGGAACUAAUAAAAUCGUAAAGAAGGUGUUUCCACAUAUUCCAGUGAGUGAUUCCUUAGAAAUACGCUUUUACUAUGCCGGAAAAGGGAGCACAGGAAUCCCUGUAAGAGGAACAUAUGGCCCUCUUGUAUCAGCAAUUUCUGUCCAGUCUGAUUUCAAACCUCCUCUGGAUAAACAAAAGAUUAUAAGGAUUUUAAGUGGAGUUGCAAUCUUAAUAUUGUGCACCACUAUUCUUGGUGGUUUCAUUUUAUGGCGAAAACACAGAUCAAGAGACAUUGCAUCAAGAGAACAAGUUCUUGCGGGACUUGAUCUGCAAACCGGGUUAUUUACUUUUAGGCAAAUUAAAGCUGCCACCAACAACUUCAGUGCUGACAGUAAGAUUGGAGAAGGUGGAUUUGGAUCAGUAUACUUGGGGAUACUGUUAGAUGGCGCCCAUAUUGCGGUGAAACAACUUUCUUCAAGGUCCAAACAAGGCAACCAAGAAUUUGUGAAUGAAAUAGGCAUGAUCUCUGGUCUGCGACAUCCAAACCUUGUAAGAUUGUAUGGAUGUUGUGUUGAAGGAAACCAAUUAUUCUUGAUAUAUGAAUAUAUGGAGAAUAAUAACCUUGCGCGUGUAUUGUUUGAUAAUAGUCAGUUGAAAUUAAACUGGCUUACUAGGCAGAAAAUUUGCAUUGAUGUGGCAAGAGGUUUAACUUUUCUUCAUGAGGAAUCAACAAUAAAAAUAGUUCAUAGAGACAUCAAAGCUACAAAUAUACUUCUUGAUGGAGACCUAAAUGCUAAGAUCUCGGACUUCGGGCUGGCCAGGCUUGAUGAAGGGGAGAGUACCCACAUCAGCACUAGAGUUGCUGGAACAAUAGGAUACAUGGCACCAGAAUAUGCAUUGUGGGGCUAUUUGACAUAUAAGGCAGAUGUUUACAGCUUUGGGGUUUUGGCAUUGGAGAUAGUUGCGGGCAGAAGCAAUACAAAUUUCAAGCCAGAUGAUAACUAUUUCUGCCUCCUUGAUUGGGCCUUCGCUGUACAGCAACAGAAUGGAAAUUUGAUGGAGCUAGUGGAUCCAAUGCUCGGAACUGACUACAAUACAGAACAAGUACUGAGAAUGAUCAAGGUUGCUUUAUUGUGCACUAAUCCAUCUCCUGCAGUAAGGCCAGUUAUGUCCGAAGUACUAAGGAUGCUUGAAGGACAAAUGCUUGUAAAAGAACUUACCUUGGCACCUGGUCUAUGCAACAAUGACUGGUUUUACGAGGCAUCCAAACGGUAUCAGGAUUCGACUUCAGACAGCGAGACUCAGACCCUAAUUCGCUUUCCAAAUGCUAGGAAUAAUGCCAACUCGUUAUCUGAUUUGUCUCCCAUUCCUACUAAUCACCCUAAACCCCCAGUUAUUGAACCAGUUCAAACGUAAUGUUUUAUCAUUCCAUCAAUUUAAUACAAGUGUUCUUCCGUAACAUAUAGCCUUACUCAUUUCUGAUCAAUAUUUAGAUCUUAAGUGUAAUGAUAAAAUAAAACCCUUCAAGCAUUAAAUAACAUUCAUUCGUCCAA